GCAGCCGGUUGUCAAUGUGUUGACGCUGUCUGUUUCCAGGCGAUGGAUGUGGCUAAGCGUCUCGCGGGUGCAUAGCUGAAGGACUAGAGAAAAGGAACGAGAGCUUAAGUUUUUUUUGUUUCUUUCUGCUAAACAUCAAAUGUACAAUUUUAGGGCUUUUUUUUGCUAACCCAACUCGUAUGAAAACCUGAUAGCCGACAUCCAAAAUGGCAGAACUAGGAGUGAAUGAUCACCAUCAAAAUGAGCUCAUCAACUACAUGCGAUUUGCUCGCUCAAAUAGAGCUUUGAGACUAAAGACAAUAGAUUCUUGCUUUCAGGACCUGAAAAGCAGCAGACUGGUAGAAGACACCUUUACAGUUGAUGAAGUUUCUGAGAUGCUUGAUGGCCUACAAGUUGUUGUCCAUGGAGAGGUUGAGUCUGAACUAAUCAACACAGCUCAUACUAAUGUACUACUUCUGCGCCAACUCUUCUCUCAGGCUGAGAAAUUUUAUUUAAAAUUGCAGUCCGACAUCUCUGAACUGGAAAACAGGGAGCUACUAGAGCAAGUUGCAGAAUUUGAAAAGGCUGAGUUUACAUCGUCGAGCAAAAAGGGACAUCACGAACCAAACAGACCUAAGCUUGCACCACUAAAUGAAGGUGGUGUGUCAGAACUGCUAAACAAGGAAAUUGCCAGAUUGCAAGAAGAAAACAAUAAACUGAAGACACGACUCAGGACAAUAGAAACCCAGGUGACUGGUACAUUGGAUGAAAAGUGUAAACUCGAAAAGGCUCUCAAAGAUUUACAGAAGACUCAAAGUGACCAGAAGGGUAAUCUGAAAUCAAAGGAAAUUGCAACUUUGGAAAAUACUGUUGAAGAACUAAAGUGUGAUUUCCAGAAGACUUUAGAUAAUACUACUGCCACCCAAAAGAAUCUCGAAGUCAACUUAGCAGCAACAAAACAAGAUCUGCUCAAGGUUCAGGAGCAACUUACCAUCGCAGAAAAGGAGCUAGAGAAAAAAUUUCAGCAAACAGCUGCAUACCGUAAUAUGAAAGAAAUGUUGACCAAAAAAAAUGAACAAAUAAAAGACAUAAGAAAGAGAUUGUUAAAGUAUGAACCUGAUGAAUAAAUUUAUAAAACUGAAUACAUCUUUACCAGAAAAUAUACUAAUAUCUACUCACUCUUUUGUGUACCAAUACUGCCUAGGAGAGAAGAUGGUGGUGGGAUUCAUUUGCAUGUUAACAACAUGCUCUUUCUUUAUGUUUAGUUACUGGUAUUGCAGUCAAACUCACAUGAACAUUUAAAAACUAUAUAAAGUAGAAACAUAAAGUACAGAGCAAGUUGAUUUGCCUCGUUCCAGUAUAUGUGCUUUUAAGGGACAGAAAAAACUAAUUCACUUGACUCUGAAAAUGUUUCUCCACUUUCAGCAAAACAGUAUUUUUGAGGAUGAUAAAAGUAGUGUCCAUGACUCUGAACUUAAUUAUGUGAGUUCACAAGUGGGCUAAUGGAUGCAUAAAUUUAGUGCAGUUGCAUUUUUCUAUUUUCUGCUAAUGUUUUCAAAAUAAACAUUGCAGCAGUAUGAAUGCAUCCAUUUAAGGGGAACCAAUAAAAAAUAAUUCCAAGUAACAGUGUGUAGCCAUAUUCUGACCUUUAUACUCUUGAGUAAUAUGAUUUGCAUCUGAAAUACUGUUGAAAAUUAGUCAAUAUUUUAAAGCUUUGAAUCCUCGUUGUCAGUUUUUAAUGUACAGUAUGUAUUACUGAUGAUAUAGAACAUUCAGUGAAAAAUAAUUAAGACACAGAUCUUAUUAUUACUAUUUUUAUUUUAUUGGUCAUAAACAGACACAGAAUAAUACAUCUUUUUUUUUACUGAUCAUGUGUUUACAAAUUGUGUGUAGUUUAAGGAUAAAAAGAAAAAAAAAUCUAAUUUCUUAUGAUUGUGUCAUUUUUCUGAGAAUAAACUGUAGAACUCUGAUAUAAAAAUUAUCUUUUGUAUUUAAUUCAGAAAUAUUUUCUGUGCUUUAGUAGCACUUGAAAGGUAUCAAGGAAUGUUACUUUGAAUAUUAAUAAAUACUUUUGAUGGUAAUACUUACAAAAA